AUGCACAACGCCGCUAAAGAUGUUUUUAAGGCGAAAAUACGUUCUUUUUAUUCAUUUAUUAUUCAAGAGACUAUGUGGAAGAUAUUUAUCGUCGCUGUUAGCCUGCUGAGCUUCUACGGCCAAUGCAAGUUAAUAAACCACGGGCCCCAUCAUGGAGAAUGGAUGUCAAACGAGAUCUCCACGAAGAAGCCUCACCACAGAGCCGGACCACCAGACCACAAUAAACUAGUGGCGAUGGCAAGAUACGUCCUUCACAAUUGCAACUGGGCAUCUAUAGCGUCGAUAUCAGUGCUGCCAGCUAUUGAAGGAUUCCCGUUUUCCAACGUAAAGUCAAUUGUUGAUGGUUCUCUUGCUAACUCCACCGGUGUGCCUUACUUUUAUAUGUCGCCCUUGGACUUCACUGCCCGCGACUUAUCGAAAAACACUCGUGCCACGAUAUUAGUGUCUUUGGAGGAGACGAGGUUCUGUGAAAAUCAGAAGUAUGACCCUGAAGACCCGCGCUGUACUCGCCUUAUGCUCUCCGGCAAAAUGAAGAAGGUCAAAGAAGAAACUCCCGAGUUCGAAUUCGCGAAGGCCGCUUUGUUCGAGAGACAUCCGGCGAUGGCGCAGUGGCCGACUGAUCACGACUGGUUCAUUAGCAAGAUGAAGAUCGCCCAGAUAGCCAUGGUGGAUUGGUUUGGUGGAGCGAAGUACGUCUCUGUAAAGGAUUACCUGGUAUACAACUACACUGGUACAGAAAUGAUAGAGCAUUAUCGUCAGAGACUCAAUUGA